CAGGCUUGGGUUUGGCCAGUGGCCAGGUGCUCCCCGCCUUCCUGCUUUGCAGCACGCUGCUGGUCAUCAAGAUGCACGUGGUGGCUGUCAUCACGGGCCAAGUGAGGCUUCGGAAAAAGGCUUUCACGAACCCUGAAGAUGCCCUCAGACACGGAGGGCCCCAGUACUGCCAGAGUGACCCGGAUGUGGAGCGGUGCCUCCUAGUGCACCGGAAUGACAUGGAGACCAUCUACCCCUUCCUCUUCCUGGGCCUCGUCUACUCUUUCCUGGGACCUCACCCUUUCGUUGCCUGGAUGCAUUUCCUCAUCUUUAUCGUAGGCCGUAUGGUACACACCGUGGCCUAUCUGGGCAAGCUGCGGGCGCCCAUCCGCCCCGUGGCCUAUACCCUGGCCCAGCUCCCUUGUGCCUCCAUGGCUCUGCAGAUCCUCUGGGAAGCAGCCCGCCACCUGUGACCGGCAAGCAGUUGACACCUCUUGGCUCCCACACUUGGUGGGUGGAGAGCCGCCAUGGCUGGACCUAGGGACUUGGUAUCCCUUCCAGACUGAGACAGGCUCAAGGCCUGAGUUCCUGGCCACUCCUGGGCCCAAUGUGUGUUUGUGUGUCCAUGUGUCUGCGUGUGUGUACCCCAUGUGCAUGCAUGGGUGUGUUUCUUAGCCUCUUGGCUCCUGGAUGAAGUAAGUGGCCUAUUGGAACCACUUAGAGAUGACUUGUCAUGAUAAAUAGAACAUCCUUCACCUCAAA